AACAGGUGUGAAUAGUGUUAAUGGCGUAUUUUGCACUCUAAUUGAAUAUGCAUGGCAUAACAGCAACCAGAACGGAGCUAACUUGUCAAAUAUGAAUGGACACACUGGAUUGGAUGGCAAUUGGCGGUAAUAUCGCGGUAGGAGGGAAAAGUUUGUCUUGAUUAUGCAGACUGGAUUAGGUUAUAUACAAAAUAUGACUUCCUUUCAAAAGUUCAUGCCCCGUUUUUCGAUAAACAGUGUCGUCAAGGAAAACUAAACAAAUACACUGAAUACGCUCUAGAUCUUUCACUUGAGGUGGUAUGUGGAUCAGAGCAAAGCCUUUGUUGUGGAAGCAUUUUUCCUGCGACAGAAGUGAUAACGUCGGAGUGGCAAGACCUAAAGCCUUCCAGGAGCAGCAUUCGAUUCUGAAGAAUCUAAAAGCAUUGCUAGAAGAGAAUUUCCCCCUUGCAGGAGUGCACCGAUAGUUUCUAUAGUCUUUCUACAAGAAGGCAGGCAAGGGUCUGAGACUGGCUUCACAAUGGGAAAGGGCGCUCUCCUACUUAUCGCUGCUGUAGCAUUUCUCGUGCCAGAAAUCUUUGCACAGACAACAACUGUGGCUAGUUCAACAGAAACGACGGAAGUUACUGCGACAUCAGCUCCGACUGACAUGACUACAGACUCAGUCGGUACUACAACAGAUACAGCAUCCAGCUCGGACGGAAUUACCACAACUACUACGGGUGGAGAUUCCACAGCCAGUGGUACCACGACCGUCAGUGAACCAACCGACCACACCCCCACCACUGUCACGUCGAAAUAUGUCACCACCCCAGUUUCAGAUACUGCAACGGGAGGUAGCGCAUCAACAACCGAUUCCCCCAGUGGUACAACAUCCACUGAAGAUGUGACGACGGUAAUUUCAUCGACGGCCAGUGCAACAGAUUCACUGACAGCCAAUGGAACAGAUUUAUCGACAGCUACUGUAACAGAUGUAUCGACAGCCAAUGCAACAGAUUUAUCUACAACAGUCACAGAGCCCGAGCAGACAGCAACUGCAACACCACAACCUGUGGAGCCCACCAUCCUGUCCCCGGGAGCAAUUGCAGGUAUCGCUGUCGGCGCAGCAGCCUUUGUGAUCCUCGGGGGCGUGGUCAUUGGCGUUGUCGUCGUGAAGUGCAAAGCUGCAGGGUCCGCGGUGGCUGCUGCACCUUAAUCACCGCGUUGUCGAGGUCGGCAGGGGGUGGUGUCGCAGGAACUGUGGACACCGUUGAAAUCUGUCUCAUUUACUACACAUGGUCUCAAACACUCUAAUUUAUCUGCAUUCGAUUAUUUUAAUUUUUGUCCAACGAGGCAUACGCAAUACCACCAAUGAUUUUGAAUUUCAUGGGGUUUAAAUUUCACACUACGAUGGUCCCUAAACCCGUCAACCUGGAAAGAAGGGCAGGGGCAUUGCUAUGGUGUAUACGUAGCUUAUAUCCUACAGCAGAAACGUCUGGAAUAGAGAAGUGUAGUUGCAAAAACCAUGACAGGGAAUUUUACAGCCAAGCUGGCUCGCAGAUAACAGGAAGUAAAACUGAUCUUAGAUCUUAGAUUCGGCCUCAGAUUUGGACCUUUUUGCGCUGCUCGCUGACUACGUCAAAUUCUAAUUACAUUGUACAAAUCUAUUUCUGAUUAAUUAAUUAGAUAUCAGCCUUUGUUUUUUUCUGUUUGAAUAUUUUUCCGAAGUAGCUUCACAUGACACAGAGCCAUAAGGUAUACGAGGCACUGUGUACCCAGACAACGUGACACGAACAUGAUGGAUCGGUACGAUACUUUUAUUUUGAGAAUCGAGGUCUUUUUAGCUUUUGGUCAAGUCGAUAUUUCUGAGGAGGGUCUAGUGUUGAGUCAAGCCGAGUCAGUUGCUUGCGGUGACUCAGAUCGAGUCAUUUACCCGUUGGAUUCCUUUUGGCAGUUAUAAACGUCAUGGGCAAAGCUGUAACACAGGGAGUUGAAAACGAAACUGAAAUAAUAGGUUGUUGCAUCUUAGGUAUUUCCUCAGCAAAACUUAAUAUGGGUGUAGGUGUGUGUUUGUAUUGAAAAAACUCUAUCUCCAUCAGACAGCCUUCUGGCGUCAUUUUGCAGUUGGGUAUGGACUGUAAUAUUGAUUGAUAAAUAUCUUGUCCGAGUUUGUUGUGACUCACAGUGUUCAUUUAGCUGAUAUGUUAAUGUGUAUGCUUGAUCUCAUUCCAAAGAAUAGCUUAGAAAUUGUUGGAGGAUUGUUGGCUGAUCCUUUUACCGCUUUUCUGUUAGGGGUUCAAUUUUAUCCACGGGGUUCCGGGUGUCUGUCUUUCACGUCAAAGGGUAUAUCUGUUUCCCUUCUGUAUACGCACACCUCUAAUCCAUGGAAGAUAAAACUUGUAAAUAUCCGAUCUCCGUGGCUAUUUCCAGUUUUCAACCGUAUCAAUUUCGUCAGUCAUCAUUGUUGUGAAUUGCGACAGAUUGUUUGUUUAAGUUAAGUGAAGAAAUCCUCAGCUGUUCGGUUUUGAAUUUAGUAACUCUGUUAUUAUUCGUGGCUGCAUGGGUGGUUUUGCUAUUGAUUUCCAUUCACAUUUGCAUAUCAGAGCAAAUUAGGAUUUGUAAAAUAAGCGCCUUUAUUUACUCUUAAAGUGUUCUCUGUUGCUGCAACUUCAGUUUUGAACUAUGGAUUGUUAAGUGAAAAAAAUGUAAUAAAAACAUGAAUCGUGAUGAUUAAACGAA